GAAAAUCGUGCCCCUGUGAAACCCGCAAUUGGGCGCCAGCGUCACUUAAACACGCCCUGCUGCGUCCUCUUUAGUCCUUUCAAUCUCGCUCUUCCCGCCAGCCCUUCCAUUCCUUUUCCUCUUUCUGUCGCUCCCUUCCUUCCACCUUCCACCACCACCCACCAACAACUCUCAUAUCUCCCCCUCUCCUACAUCACAUUCCCUCAACUCUGAUAUCUCUCCUCGGCGAUAUCAAUCAUGGGUUUAUCAACCCGUCUCUUCCGCAUCCCGCGGCCAGAGACCUUCCUCUAUGUUAUGAGCCUCCAAACCGGAGCUUCCUUGAUCACUCUCUCCUUACUCCUCAACAAAAUUAGCGGACUCUAUGGCUUGCUCGCCCUGUUGACCGGCUACCACCUCUCCCCGGUGCAGCUGUCCAUGUAUAUUUACUCCCUCCUCGCCCUCGGCCUCACAGCCCUGCUCUUCCCGCACAUCCGGAAACAAACGCCACUACAAUGCCUCGCGCUCGCUUGGCUCUAUGUCUUCGACAGCCUGAUCAAUGCCGCCUAUACUGCAGCUUUCGGUGUGACCUGGUUCCUAGUCGUGUCUCAGCAUUACGACAACGGCAGCGCCUCGGGACCGGGUGGUGAGACCAUCGCCCAGACCGCUGGCUUCACCAGCCCCAAGUACGACACCACCAAAACAGAGAGCGGUCACUACGCAAGGAGACCGGAUGCUCUCGGAAACGCUGUGGCACAGCCCGAAAGCUUCCAAAGCAUCUUUGUCAUUUGCUGCCUCUGGGUUAUUCGCAUCUACUUCGUUUUCGUCAUGCUCGCUUUUGCUCGUCAGGCCCUCCGUCUCUACGUCGCCGUCCCUCGCCACACCCAGCUCCCAACCCACAGCCGUAAUACCUCCAUCGCAAGCGUCGCCAGUAUUGCGGACAUUGACCGGGAGCCUUUCUCCCCGUAUAGCCCUGAUGGCCAAGGUUGGCAAGGAAAGCUCGGGCGCAUCAUGAUCAGCAUCGGUCGCAACUACUGGCUCGGCGAGGAUGAAGAAGGCGGAAACUGGAUGGCCACCCUGGGCCGCCGUUUCCGCGCUCGUGCGGAAGACACCGAACUUCCCGGCCCUCUCGAGCGGGAGAGAAGACGUCGCUCGGGAACCGGACCACCUCAACCCUCCCAGUCCGCUUUUCAAGCCGUAGCCUUACAACAACCGAUCCAUGAACAGGUCCCAGGAAUGAACGUCAAGAUGAACGGUUGGACCGAGAGCAGGUAA